ACACGGUUAUGUACCUCCCACCAAAACAUGAAAUGUGCCUUUGUUCUGCUGAACCUCCUUGUGACAUAUACAAAUGGGAUGGUAAAAUAUAGUGGCUCCAUUCAGUUUUUGUUCAUAGCGAACAUAAAUGGCAAACAAAUUUCAUCACCCCAUGAAGGGGUAAAAAAAAAAAGCUGUUUUGUUAUAAAAAAAGAGAAGGGUGGAUUUUCCAAAGGUGAGAAAAAGUGGAGAGAGAGAAAAAAUAUUCUCAAGGGGGAAAAGGGCAACACUCCUUGUGCCGAACCGAGGUUGAGGUUUGCGCCAAGUCCAACCGGAUUUUUACAUGUAGGGGGGUGUAGGACCUUUUUAUAUAAUUACAUUUUGGCUAAACAGUUGAAGGGGUCCCUUAUCCUUCGGCUGGAAGACACAGACGUGGAGAGAAAUGCGCAGGAUUCAUUUCACGAAAUUGUUAAAGAUUUAAGGUGGCUGAACCUAAGCUGGGAUGAAGGUCCAGACGUGGGAGGGGCAUACGGGCCAUACAAGCAGUCCGAAAAAAUUGAGCUCUACAAAGAAAUAGCCCAUAAGUUCGUCAAUGAGGGAAGGGCCUACUUCUGCUUUUGCACGAAGGAUGAGUUAUCCGAAAAGAAAGAGAAGGCCAAGCUGGCAAGGACGAAGUAUACCUAUGACCGAGCAUGCCGGGACUUAAGCGAUGAGAUGGUUAAGCAAAAUAUGUCGAUGAAAAAGCCAUACACUAUACGAUUCAGAUCACCCACGGGCAGAAAAAUUACACUAAAUGAUAUUCUAAAAAAUGAAAUUAUUGAUACGGUGAAUGAGGAUUUUAUUAUUCUUAGAAGUGACUCCUCCCCCACGUAUAACUUCUCAGCUUCCGUGGAUGAUCAUUUGAUGAGGAUAUCUCACGUGAUACGUGGGGUGGAGCAUAUUUCAAACACGUUCAAGCAAAUUUUGGUGCUGGAGGCCCUGGGCGCGCGCAUCCCCCUCUACGCCCACGUCCCCGUCAUAACGACCGUGCAGAAGAAGAAAAUUAGCAAGCGGAAUAAUGAGUACCUGGUGCGGAACUUGAGGGAGGAGGGAUUUAAGCCCGAUUGCGUAAUUAACUACAUGGGGACCCUUGGAUGGGGCAGCGUUUCGAAGAGGGAGUUCUACACCCUGGACGAGCUGAUCGCCAACUUCGACCUGCGCGCGCUAAACAAAUCUGCACUUGUGUUCGACAUAAAGAAGCUCAAAUGGAUGAACAAAAAAUAUUUGUUAGCACAGGAAGUCGAAACGUAUGUGCGAGAAGCAGAGCAAUUUUUAAUUGAGAAAAAAAUCCUAACGAAAGGAUGCACUGAAUUUGUACGUUUAUGCAUUAGGGUGUUUAAAGAUGAUGUGCAUAAUUAUGAAGAGCUAGGGAGGUAUAUUAUGGAGGCAAUUUCAUAUGACCACUCAGCUCAUCCGUUCGACAAAAAUAACGAAAAGCUAAAAAAGGUAGCCAUUUUUUUAUGUCACUGGUGGGAGGGGAAUAGAAGUAGUGUAAACUGCUUUGAAGAUUUCUUUUCAGAAAAUUUCCACACACUGAUAGGACAUGUAGCGAAAGGUACCAAUAUGGGAAGGAAUGAAGUUUUAUUAAAAAUUCGUUUUGUUUUAACUUUCCAAAAUAGAGGUGUUCCAUUUGUACAUUUGUUCCAAUUGUGGGCACUGGCCAAAAAAAGCAAAGUGCCAAAUUAUGUGUCUCUGGAGGACAGGAUUCGGCACCUUAAGGAGGCAUUCACUGGAUGA